AUGCUGGAACCAGGAACCUGCUUUAACUCUGCUGUCCUGCAGCCCAGAGAAGCAGCCAGCAGUACUGAUGCCAGCCCCCAGCUGGAUGCAUUUGUCCUGUGCUCCUGCGGGUCCCUUACCUUCCCGGAUGAACAGCUGGCCAUGUGGCAUGCCCCUUCCAGCACCAGAGGAGUCUCUGGCUCCAUGUGGACCCCAACUAUAGAAGACAAACCCUUUAAAUUUGAUCUUUGUCUGUAUUUUCAGGUAACUGAGCUGAAUGAGCCUCUCUCAAAUGAGGACAGAAACCUGCUGUCUGUAGCCUACAAGAAUGUAGUUGGAGCUAGACGGUCUUCCUGGCGUGUCAUCAGCAGCAUAGAGCAGAAGACUAUGGCAGAUGGGAAUGAGAAGAAGCUGGAGAAGGUUAAAGCCUAUAGGGAGAAGAUAGAAAAGGAGCUUGAGACAGUCUGCAAUGAUGUUUUGGCUCUCCUAGAUAAAUACUUGAUCAAGAACUGCAAUGACUUCCAGUAUGAGAGCAAGGUCUUUUAUCUGAAAAUGAAAGGGGAUUACUACCGCUACUUGGCAGAAGUUGCUGCUGGAGAGAAGAAGAACAGUGUGGUGGAAGCCUCAGAAGCUGCCUAUAAAGAGGCUUUUGAAAUCAGCAAAGAGCACAUGCAGCCCACCCACCCAAUUAGGCUUGGGCUGGCACUCAAUUUCUCCGUGUUCUACUACGAAAUCCAGAAUGCUCCUGAGCAGGCCUGCCUUUUAGCCAAACAAGCCUUCGACGAUGCCAUAGCAGAGCUGGACACACUAAAUGAGGAUUCCUACAAGGACUCCACUCUCAUCAUGCAGUUACUUCGAGAUAACCUCACUCUGUGGACGAGUGACCAGCAAGACGAAGAAGCAGGAGAGGGCAAUAAUUAAAAAGCUUUCCUCCGAUCCCUCUUUCAUCCACUUCACCAUCCCCAUCAUCACCAAUGUUUCCUUGCCACAGUCACACUAAAUAUCUAGUGCUAAGCAUAUCUGUAUUGUACAGCUGUUCAGAUCUGCUGUCCACUUUAUCAAGAAGCAGUUUCAGACGAGUCUUCAUGGGCGUUGAUGGAUCGAUCGGUUUAUUGGCCCUAUUUAUCUUAGUUGCACUUGAACAGUGCAGAAGGAUGCAUAGUAAAUGAGGCAUUUUUAGUUUGCCUGUCGAUUGGAAAAUACGGGAAAGAAUAAUGGAAAGUGAUUGAAGCUGAUUAGAUUCCAGUUAAAAUUUUUUCCAUUUGAAAUGAGCUGACAGUUCUGUUAAGCAGUACAUCUUGUGCAUGCAAAGUAAAUUAGCCACCCCAAAUUUUUUUCAGUCAAUGAAAGCAGUUAAGCUGAUGUGAAAUGACAACCCUGUUCAUCAGUUUACAAUAAACUGUUUGAAAUGUGAGGUUUCGGUAGCAAGUUUUUUUUUUUUUGCCUCUAACUUAUGUGCACAGUUUCUUUUAAUGCAGUGCAUCUACCUAAGAGUUUUGAUACUUGUAACCUUUUGCAGUUGUUUUGAAGAAUCAUGAAUUUAUUUUUUGUAAACUCUUCGGCUGUUUAGUUGUCUGUGUAUUCUGACAACACUAUGUCAAUACUAGCCCAUGUUAAGAUGGAUGACUGAGAUGCCAGACUUCUAAAUUAAAUGUUUUGGAAUUAAAUGAAUAAAAUAAAAUGCUGCUUCGGGGAUGUUAUCUCUA